UGGGGGUUCUUAUUUUCGCCUUCUGAUUCUCUCCCACCACCGCCUUUUGCAUUAGUGUUAUAUACACACUGCAGGAAGAGCAUGAUGAGUGCUCGCAACGCUCGCGCCUGGCUGGCUCUGGCCCGAGCGACUCGCAACUCCUCCGUUCCAUUCCUCUAUCAGACUCGCACGCUCGCCGCGGUGCCCAAAUUGCGAUAUCAGCACCGGCAGCUCCAGCGUCAACAGAUUCAGUCAAUUAUGAUUUCAACCGAGGCGCAACAACAACAGCAGUCACAGGAACAAUCACAGGAACAAAAUGACAACACAGAAUACUCCAAACCUGACCCUUCAGCACAAGAAAGCACACCACCAGCACCCCGGCCCGGACGCCGCAGCUUCCUUAAGCGCAAGGCCGCCUCUGUAUCCUCCAUCGCUGCCCCAGCGCAAUCAUCCUUAAACCGGCUCAAACCCCCUCCCCGCGCCUUGACGAUGAUGACGAACAGCGAGAAACAAGCCUUUGGCGAGAUGCUCGAGGCCCUUGGCGCCGGAGCCGAUCUCAAGCCCAAUAGCGCGUUACCCACAUUGUCCGCAUGGCCACCGCCGCCGCCCCAACCCUCAGCGCCUGGCGUUGCUUUCCCGGAUUCAUCCUCUCCCUCCGAAACCGAACAACCUCAAUCUCAACCUGCCGCCGCCAACGAACCCACCGAAGACGACCUCCACGAAAUGUCACAGAUCUCCGCCAUCUUCGAGUCCGUCCUCCAAGAUCUGAAAGAGCGCAAGGUCCGGCAGCAGCGGCAAGAACAGCAAAAAUUGGAGAAGCGGGGCCAAUCUUCCCUAGUGACCCCGUACUCGACCUCGUACCAUGCCGGGGGUGACGACCCGGCGGCGUUGCCGGCGAGUUCCUCGCUGACGGAGUUCAUCGAGUUGCGGCUGAAGAGAGGGGAUUUCAUCAACGCGCAGCUGACGGACUGGCUCACGCGGAACCUUGUCUCGACGGAGCGGGCGGUGGAGGCGGUGGUGCUGCGCGAGAGCCAUGUGAUCGAGACGGCGCUGCUGAGGGCGGUCAAGGGGAAGCAUGGGGACAGGAGGCUCUGGGAUGCUUGUCGCGAGAUGGUCUUUCCGCUCGUUCGUGUUUUGGAGACGGAUGUGGGGAUGCAGCAUUCCGACACGAACGCGGACGAGACGGAGGUGCUCAAGGAUGAAUCUGACGACAUGUUCUUCGCGCCGGAGGAACCAGCGGAGGUGGAAGAUGAUCCUUGGGGCGCUGAGGUGGAGGUGGAGUAUGAGGAGCUCAGUGAGCCGCAGGAAACUGAGACUUCGACGGCCGCGAACGGGGAAGGACAGCAGGAGGGAGAGGCAGCGACAAUCAAUGAGGAGGACAUCGAGCUUCAAGGGGAGAGUGCGUACAAAUUGGUUCUCCCCGAGGGCGUGCCCGUCUCCUCGGUCGUCGCCGAACUAUACCCCAAGAUGCUCCUGGCCGCCUUCCGCCUGCUGAACCUGCACUCCCCGGCGUCGCCGCUGAUCGGCCAGUUCCGGUCCACUAUCCGCCUGAUGGGCCCCACGUCCGCCGUGCUGGGCGGCUCGACCGGGCUCUACAACGAGCUGAUCUACUUCUACUGGCGCGGGUGCCAGGAUCUGCCGGCCGUGGUCGCCCUCAUGCAGGAGAUGGACGUCACCGGCGUGGAGCCGGAUGCUCGCACGGUGCGGAUCCUGGGCUCGAUCGCCACCCAGCGCACGCGCGAUCUCAAGGCGCACUGGAAACGGAAUAUCGGAUCGCUCCCUCGGCCGCGGAACCCGGCAGAGAAAGUGCGCGUCGGCCGCGAGACGUGGUGGGAUCUGGCGCCGAACCGCAAGGCCUUCCGGGCCCUGUACGACGACGACGGGUGGGUCGCCAAGGUGAAAGCGCGGGUCGAAGAGCUGAGGCGCCGAGAGCAGAUGAACAAGCCCCAACGACGAACCUAGCAGCGUCAAGGGUCAUGUAUAGAAAGAUUUCGGAAAUAUAUCCCCUAUC